AUGUGGCUCUGGCUUCAUUACUUUGGUCUCCUGCUCGUCUUUCGUCACCAUGAAUCUGUGGUUAAGCGUUCAUUUCCUGUUUGCAGGGUUGUACCUGAGCAGCUCGGCUCCGACACCUGAAGAGUGCCAAGGUUUGGUCAAGCCUCUGUCCCUGAGCGACCCCAGCGUGAUAUACGGCAGGUUGAACUUCAUCAUGGGCUUCGCUGAUAAUGAAGCACAUGGCUCCGUCCUGAAAGUGACUGGCAGCUCCUGGGUGAAAAUCAGUCCGUCACCGGAUGAUGUCAGCAGUGUUUUAAUGGCUCAUGAGAACAGACUAAAUGGGACCUGCUCUGGCAUAAUAACCAAAGCAAACAUCCAAGGCGACACCCUAACUACGGACAUGCAUAACGUCACCUCGACCUCCCAAGUGCUGCAGAUUGGCUCUGACUGUUUCAGCUUCGCCAUCAACAUAACGGCCAGAAACCUCGGCAAGCUCCUCAGCUUGAUGAAGCUCGACAGCCCCUUUCCAGAUGAGAUCACCAGCCGUGUCUUUUAUGUGUUUUCACGAGAAUCAACCAUGAAGGACUCGGAUCUGGAACAUUUCAAGAAACAGGCGAGCUGCCUCGGCUUCACCGGAGAACCAGACUUCCACUAUGACCCCAAGACAGAGUUCUGCUCUGAAGGCGAGGGCAUCAGGCUGUCAUUACCAUGAUGCAAAAGAACCUGUUUUAGAAACUGAUGAAGUAAAAAAACAGUGACUCGAAA